GAACAAAGUCUUCAUGGAGUUCGAAGGAGGAAAAGGAGCUGAGGGGUCGCCUGAUGUCUGAGGUUCAGCGAAACUUGAGUCGCGACUCGAUUUUGAUAUUUGAUGCUGGCCAUUACAUCAAAGGUUAUCGGUAUGAGUUGUACUGCCUCUCGAAGUCCGUUAAAACUACUCAAUGCGUUGCCGGUGAAUGUCGGGAGCGCAUGGCCGAGAAUUCGGAUCGCCCUCAAAAGGAUCAGUACUCCAGAGAAACAUUUGACCCCUUGAUUCUCAGAUAUGAAGAUCCCGACCCCAAGAACCGGUGGGACUCACCCUUGAUAAUUGUACAAGAGGAACAAGAUGUCCCUUUCGAACAAGUGGACGCAGCGCUUUUCGGCAGAAAAGCUCCAACGCCAAAUCAGGCGACCAUGGCACAACCACAUCUUUCAACCAAUUUCCUGUACGAUCUCGACCGUUUGACGCAGGAAACCGUGGAUAAAGUUCUGAAAAGUCCGGUCGACUACGUCAAUCGAAGAAUCACUCUACCGGAGCUUUCGCGUCUCCGGAGACAGUUCAUAACCUACGUGAAGCAGAAUCCGAUCGAGGACACCAACAAGAUCGGCCCAUUGUUCGAGAAUUACAUUAAGAAUACUGUGAUCUGA